AAAUUUUCCGAGUCCCUUUACUUUCCCGGAAACCUCCAACUCACUUUCGCAGCCUCCAAACACUUUCCUCUCCCAUAAUUUUCUCCAUUUAAAUCAACCCUCAAAACAACAAACCACUUCAUUCCCAACCUCAAAAUUUUCUCUUCGUUGGAAAUGGAUCGAAAUCUAAUUGUGAGCGAGAUGGAGCCGAUGAAGAAAGAAACUCGAAAACGAAAAUUGUCUGUUCAGAAGAACCAACCCUUAAAAGUUGUCUACAUAUCGAACCCUAUGAGGGUCCACACUAGCGCGUCUGAAUUUAGAGCCCUGGUCCAAGAACUCACUGGUCGAGAUGCCGAGUUCCCUGACCCGGCUAAGUUUCAUCAGGCCUCGAUUGAUGUUGGGGAAAUGAAUCUCGAGAAGAAUCGGGAAGGUGAUGAUGAUGAGGAAGCGUCCCUUGAUGUGGCCACUACAAUGGAGGAUUCGAAUGACGACUUUCUUGAGAGUCCAUACGAGAGUUUUGAAGAGAUGUUGAUGAGGGAGAUGCUGAUGGAGAACUUUGCAGUCCCUUCUAGAUCUGUUGAAUCUUCUGGUUUAGUCAUUGGAGCUUUGAUGUGAGUAAAAAACUAAACUUCAUGUUAGAUAUCAUAUCGUAUCAUGGCUGUUUAUUACGAAGUUUAUAUGCCGAUAAAUGAAAUGACGAUAUUUCCUUUAUGCACUCUAAUAAUAGUCUAUCCAAGUAUCCAAGUGGGAUAGAAAUUUAGGUUUGCA